AGUUCCUCCUUCAUUAUUAUCUUUUCCUUGUUCCCUGUUUGGCCUCUUUUCAUCUCUACCCAAAAACACACACUGCCGAAUCUCAGAAAAUAUCUAGAUUUUCUGUCUCUAUUAUUCUGUUUUCAUCUUUCAUCUUCUUCAUUCAAUUCCAUUCCUUCUUUCAUUCAUCCAAUCCAACCCAACCCAACCCAACCAUUUUGACUUUCUGGAUUUCUGGAUCCAAAUUCUACCAGACCCGAAUUAUUGCCUUUGCAAACAGAAAUACAGUUUUUCAAAAUUAUAUAAUUUUUUUUUUUAAAUUAUCAUUUGUUGAAACGGUUAGAGGAAGUGAAUGGGGGAAGAGAUAAGAACAGACGAAGAGCGAGUAUCGGAGUGGGAAAAGGGUCUACCCACCUUUCACGAUCUCACUCCUCUCACCAUGGCGUUAAUCCCGCCGGAGCUAGCUUCCGCCUUCAGCAUCUCCCCGGAGCCUCACCGCACACUCAUCGACGUCAACCGCGCCUCCCGCAACACUCUCUCCAUCCUCCGCGGCGGCGGCACAAGUCAUCACCAAACGUUCUCAUCCAACCACGACGAGCCUCUCGAAGAAGACGAAGAAAUGGAAGAGGAAACCGAUCGGGACGGCUCCGGUUCGGAUUCGCGAAAGCACCGGAAGAUCGAUUCGGUUUCGGUUACGGAGGAAGCGGAUUCGGCGGUUAGAACAGAGACGACGCUAAAACGGCCGCGUUUAGUGUGGACUCCGCAGCUUCACAAGAGAUUCGUCGACGUUGUGGCGCAUCUCGGGAUAAAGAACGCGGUUCCGAAGACGAUUAUGCAGUUGAUGAAUGUGGAAGGGUUAACACGAGAGAAUGUUGCUAGUCAUUUGCAGAAGUAUCGGCUUUAUUUGAAGAGGAUGCAAGGUCUUUCGAACGAUGCUCCUUCUUCUUCUGAUCAUCUUUUUGCUUCUACUCCUGUUCCUCAGAGCUUGCAUGAAUCUGCUUCUGCUGUGAAUUCUCAUGCUCAUUCUCACGCUCAUUCGCAUGCUCAUUCUCAUUCGCAAUCGAAUGGACAUGGGAAUUCGCAAUCGCAUCAUUCCGUUACGAUUUCUAUGCCUUAUCCGCCGCCUCCGCCGAUGAUGUCUAUGCCUUUAAUUGGUAUGCCGCCGCAUCCGCAUGGUCAUAUGGGAAUGGCUUUGCAUCCUCCUUCUGGUUCUUCUUACCGAUCACAUCCGUUUAAUAUGAUGCAUCAUAGGGAUUGGCCUCCUCAUCCUCACUCUCACUCUCACCCUCAUAUGUCUCCUAAUGAUAGUAAUAAAUAGAAGGGAUUCUAUCUUAUCUUCAGGUCAGCAAUCACAUGAUUCAAAUGCUUGAUUGUUGAUUGUAACUGCAUCAAUCAUCCUCUCUAGUUUGCCCAAACUGAUUCUUGAGGAAGUAUAUGAAGAUUCCAUGGAACUAAAUUACUGUCAGAAUCAGAAGAGUAUGUACUGUGUCCGCAGAUCUACAAACUUCUUGGCACACAUGCUUAAUUUAUGUCACAUACAUGUAGGUGAUGAUUGUCAAUUACAUCAUGUUUCUUCUGGUAGAUAGCUGAUUCUAAAGUAAAUUCUAAACUAGUUAGUUCUCUUAUUCAUAAAUCAUUCAGUGCUAUUAUACUGUGUAGUCUGUACUCCUAAAAAGGUUUACCUUCUUUUUCAAAACAAUUUGAAUAAAAGAUAGACUGAAAAAUAGUCGGCAACCACUACCAAUCGGAACAUGCUCUGUAGUCUGUAGCAUUAGAGUUGUAUUUUCUAUAUCUUAAUGUUCUGAGUAUUAUCUUAUUUGACAUAAACCCGCCAUUAUAAUAUUAGAAAUGUUACAGUGAGACUGGAAAA